AUGAUUAGGUCUCCGGGGUAUGACAGAGGAGGCGAUGACGAGGUGGGUUCCUUUCGUUCGCCUGUUCCUCGGAAGAAGACGCACCUGAAACGCGGGAAGUUCGUCUUGACAGAUUGUAUGAAUGUUUAUCUGACGCUCUGCUGCGUCGCCAUCCAGGGCAGUUCUUCACCAAGUUGCCGCCGGCCUGCACACAGGCAUUUUCCACGGAGAACGGACGCAGAGAUAGCGUACAUCGCCUCCCCGUUGAGCAGCAUCUCUGCGAAGGGGUACAACCAGACGUGGGGUCCCCCGCAAUUCAACGAAACUGUCCAACUCUGA